GUCUCACCUAUCCACUGCCCAAACUCUCUCUAUCUCUCCUUAUUCUUUCUCUGGUAAUCACGCCGACCCUGAAAACAUGACCACGGCCGUGUCAUCGUCCGAGCUAUGCGACGUUUGUCGUAGCUCUGGAGCCACUUACUGCGGCCACGACUGCGCUUACCGCCGCAUUACUUGCAUGCCCGACAUCGCCGACGAUAUAAAUCCGAUGGCGUUGCUCUCCCCAGCCAGUCGAGCCCCGCCUGCAUUACAAGAAUUCCAGUUCUUUAGACACGAUGACACGGUCACAUGGCUACUCGAUGACAUCAAUGGCAGCAGACCAAGGCAUGAUGAAGCAGCUCCAGUAGCACCGCCUACUCUUAAAUAUCCAGAUCACCUCCGUAGCUAUUGCAAUCCUCGCCGCUUGACGCUCGAUGUCUGUUCAAGCACUGCCAGCUCACCUGGAUCUCCCCCACGGUUACCUCCAUCCAUGGAGGCCUCAGUCAUGGGUCAGGCAGCGCAUAGUGCCACCGCCGUGUCAUUUUCCGGCAGCACAUUGACCGAUGCUUCGACUGGGAAUAUCAAAGAGGUAGGAAAUGCCAUUACCUCCGGCACACUUGAUCCUGCAAGCGAGAGAGAAGCAAGGGUCAUGAGGUACAAAGAGAAGAAGAAGAAUAGGAAGUUUGAGAAGCAAAUCAGAUAUGCAUCGAGGAAGGCGUAUGCCGAAAAGCGGCCCAGGGUAAAAGGCCGGUUUGCAAAGAGGCCGGAGACGGGUGAGCCAACCGCACCGGCUCAGUACGAACCAGACCGCCUCCGUAUGGGAAUGGGAUGGUUCCGUCCUUAGAGAGACCCCACUACUAAGCUGUGGAAAUAAUGCAACACUAAUCUUAUGUAUCUAUGUGUUGCCUUUGAUAUUAGUUAGUAGCAGUGAACUCUAAUAACCCAUGGAGUUUCUUCGAUCUUAUUGCUUUGUUCCUUUUCUUUUACAAGAGAAAUGGAGAAAGAUUGUAUAUUACUAAAAUCAACAUUUACCCAAGUAUUUUAGGUUACUCCUAAUUGGAAAGGAAGACUAAAAUGCAUGAAUCCUUGAGUUUUUACUA